CCUUCACCACCUCUUCCCAGCCAAUCUCAUUGGCCAUAAGAGGACCAUGGGCAGAGGCACCUCCAAUGGGCUCCAAGGUGGCUGUCUUCCCAAGACUUGCUGGGACAGGCUCACCCCGCACAUCUGCGGCACCCAUGCCCCCACCCUUAGGCUGCAGAUUCCUGGCCUCACCCCUAGGGAGAGCAGGCUUGACACCAUCCACACACCCCAAUCAGGACAGGCCUAAACCUGCUACAGAGGAAACAGCACAGUCAGUUAGGACCCUGCUCUGCCUUCCCAUUUAACCAAGAGGUUCUGCAAACGCCUAGCAGAGGGGACUGGCCCCACAUGAAUAGAAUGUCCCUACCCCAGGCCUCUGGAGGAAGCUAGGGAAUCAGGAGACCUUAUCUAGGGUCCUGGCAGUGUCCCAAGCUCACUGUGCCUCCAUACAAAUCACUUAACCUGUCAGGGCCUGUGUGGCCAGCUGUAAAAUAAAGGAGCUGGACCUGGUCCAAGGGUCCUCUCCAGCACUGAGACUGUGACCAGGAAGGAGUUAACUGGAGACCAGGCUCCUGGUCAGGAAGGCAAGGGUUAAUCUGGAGGGGGGGGGGGGGGGGAGGCUCUCUCGCCUUUUCCUGUGGAGAGUGAGGUUUGGCUGCUACCAAAGUUACUUCCAGUCCUUGCUGUCCCUCCUGGCCUCCUGUGGUCCUUCCCAGGAACCCCUGCAUUCAGCCUCCAUACUCAGAGGUACCAGGGAGUCCCGACCAAUUGCUCUUGGCUCCUCAACUGGCUUCCUCCCUCCAGUGGCUUAUGGGGUACUAUCCUGCCCAGCUCCGCUAAGAUGAUCCUGGCCUCUCCCUCCACCCCGUCCAGGGGACGGACCCCCAGCGCCGUGGAGAGGUUGGAGGCCGACAAAGCCAAGUAUGUCAAGACACACCAAGUGAUAGCACGACGUCAGGAGCCAGCCCUGCGUGGGGGUCCCGGACCGCUCUCCCCGCACCCCUACAAUGAGUUGGGACCCCCUGGAUCGCCCAGGACGCCCAGGCCCGCCCGCCGGAGCAGCGGCAGGCGGCUGCCAAGGCCUGACUCCCUCAUCUUCUACCGCCAGAAGCGGGACUGCAAGGCUUCGGUGAACAAAGAGAACGCCAAGGGCCAGGGGCUGGUGCGGCGCCUCUUCCUGGGGGCCCCCCGCGACGCCACCUCGAGCAGUCCCGGCCCAACCGAGCGACCAGCGGCUCCUGGGGCUUGGGCCGCUCCCCAAGAUGCCCCGGAAGCGUCAGGAAAGCGGGCGCUGUGCCCCACAUGCUCACUGCCCUUGUCGGAGAAGGAGCGCUUCUUCAACUACUGCGGCCUGGAGCGCGCGCUGGUGGAGGUGCUGGGCGCUGAGCGCUUCUCUCCGCAGAGCUGGGGCGCCGACGCCAGCCCCCAGCCCGGGGCGCCGCCGCCGCCCGGCUCCGGGGACACCAGCGACUGGACGUCCAGCGACACGGAUCGUCCGGACGGUGCUGGCGGCGGCGGGGUUGGCGGCGGCGGCGGCGGCUCGGAGGCCGCGGGCUCGGCGCGGGACGGGCGCCCCCCGGUGUCCGUGGUGGAGCGCAACGCGCGCGUCAUCCAGUGGCUGUACGGCUGCCAGCGCGCCCGCGACCCGCCGCGCGAGUCCGAGGUGUGACUGCGGCCGCUCGGGAGCGGGCUUCCGGGAAGUCCGGGGUCCGGGCAGGGUUAAGGGGUGGGCGCGGGGCUGGACCCGGGCACCGGAAGGGACGCCCUGCCUCUGACGCGCCGGGUGCCGUGGGGCGAGACCUUCCCUCUGGAUCUGGGCUUCCCCUUGUGAACCUUGGGAGGCUGGGACAAAAUGAUUCCCAAAGGCCCUUCCCAGCGCAGACGGCGGAGGGGGAGGGGGCAGCUAUGUGGCCCCUGUGGAGGCCGGGUCUGGGGAGAGAGGUCUGGGGUGGGAGAUCAGAGAAUCUGCUGAAUAAAACCACAAUGUUAUUUAAA